AAAGGUUCAAUUUUAUUUUUUACAUUUUGCUUCGUUGACGGACUUUUUUCAUCCCCGGAACCCUCGGUCGGAUUCACCUCUUGGAGGGACGGAGUUUAUGGUCACACUGUUGAAAAAUUGUAAAUUAGCACCGUUUAUCGGUUCAUUUACACAGUUACUGCAGGUAUUAAUUGAUCGAUCGGUGUGUGCAGCAACAGAGGGGCUUUUCUUGAAGAGUACAGCAUAGACUCGUACAGGGCUCCUGAUGAAGGUGUGCAGGUAAUACUUUGAGAGCCCUGUAAGACGCCAUGUCUGAAGAGGCAAUUUCAGAAAGUGACCUGGAGCCCAGCCUUAACAGUGAAGAGGAGUACUUUGAAAAUGAGGAAGAGGAGGACAAUGAGGACAUGGAGGAAGAUGAGGAUGAAAACGAUGGAGAUGAUGAGGACGAUGGCGUUGAGCGACCUGCGAGUGCCCAGAGCCAGACAGAAACAGCUCAGGAUGGCGACAGGGACUCAUCUGGAGAACCUUCCUCUGAUUCUCCGUCUCAGCCCGCAUCCCACCCUUCCUCCGGGGCUCCCUCCAGACCUGCCUCUCGCUCUCAGCCUCCAGCCAGCCCUGAGAACUCAAGCCAGAGCAAGCCUCCUUCCAGCAAAACAAAGAAACAAAAAGCCUCUAAAUUAACCAAAUCCUCCAAGUCUUCAAAAGGCUCCAAACCUUCCAAGCCAUCUAAGCCUGCACACAUGAGGAAAAAUAUCAGAAAGCUGCUGAAAGAGGAUCAGCUGGAGGCUGGGACCAAGGCUGCUCAACAGGAAGAGAUGGAGAGGCGGAAACGUCUGGAGCAGCAGAGGAAAGACUUCCCUACACCAGCCCCAAGUGUCCCAGACUCUCAACUAGUGGAUGCUGCUUCAAUUCUAGGAGAAGUAUCUCACUUGGUCCCCGCUCUCCUUAGCAAGCAGGAUGUGAUCUGUCUGGACAGCAGCGGCGAUGAAGAUGAACCAGCGGAGCCCAAUUUGCCUGCACUUGCCAUGAGAGAUGAUGUAAUUGAGCUCAGUUCUGGGGACGAGGAUGCCCUCCAGAUAAGCAGCGAGUCGGCUGACGAGGACGCCGAUGGCACCUCCGGCACAGACGAGAGCAGCGGGGCGCACAUCAACGACGCCCUGAACCUACCUGACGCCCAGGGUCGAGUGCUGGUUAAUAUCAAUCACCCUGCAGAGGAGAAAGAUGUUUAUCUUGCUCCACAGCUGGCCAGAGCCGUCAAACCUCACCAGGUCGGGGGAAUCAGGUUUCUCUACGAUAACCUCAUUGAGUCUCUGGAGCGGUAUAAGACCAGCGGUGGCUUUGGUUGCAUCCUUGCUCACAGCAUGGGGUUGGGCAAGACACUGCAGGUCAUUUCCUUCAUUGACAUCCUACUAAGGAACACUGAGGCCCACACUGUGCUGGCAAUCGUCCCUGUGAACACACUCCAGAACUGGUUGACAGAGUUUAACCUCUGGCUCCCACCCCAAGAAGCCCUUCCCCCUGACACUGACCCCGCAUUCGUCACAGGCCGCGCAUUCAAAGUUCACAUUCUCAACGAUGAGCACAAAACGACGCUGGCCAGGGCCAAGGUUGUGGAGGACUGGUCCAGAGACGGAGGUGUGUUGCUUAUGGGUUAUGAGAUGUACCGCCUGCUGUCAAUGAAGAAGAGCUUUGUUAUGGGCAAAAAGAGGAAAUCCAAGAAGCCCGCAGGGCCAAUCAUCAUUGACCUGGAUGAAGAAGAUAGACAGCAAGAGCUCAUGAAAGGUAUUGAAAAGGCCAUUGCGCGGCCUGGUCCAGAUGUGGUGAUCUGUGACGAGGGCCAUCGCAUUAAGAACUACCACGCCAGCACAUCGCAGGCGCUAAAGAACAUCCGCUCCCGGCGCCGAGUGGUUCUGACAGGGUACCCGUUGCAGAACAACCUUAUCGAAUACUGGUGCAUGGUGGACUUUGUUAGGCCUGACUUUCUAGGCACGCGCCAGGAGUUCAGUAACAUGUUUGAGCGGCCCAUUCUGAACGGACAGUGCAUGGAUAGCACACCUCAAGAUGUCCGCCUAAUGCGUUACCGCAGCCACGUCCUGCACAGCCUACUGGAGGGUUUUGUCCAGAGACGUGGUCAUGAUGUGCUGCAAGACCAGCUUCCCUCCAAGGACGAACAUGUGAUCUUGGUGCGGCUCUCUCCCAUUCAGAGGGCGCUGUAUACCGAGUUCAUGAAGCGCUUCCGAGAAGCAGGGAACAGUGGUUGGCUCGGACUCAACCCACUCAAGGCUUUCUGUGUAUGCUGCAAGAUCUGGAAUCACCCAGACGUCCUUUAUGAAGCCUUGCAGAAAGAGAAUCAGGCCAACGAGCAUGACCUGGACCUCGAUGACAUCACUUCGGCUAAUAACCCCCGCUGCCCGGCACCUGGUGCUGGCCUCAAAGCCAAAGUAGCCGACUCGAGCAACAGCAAAGUCAAUAACGCUUUGCCACAGCUCAAUCCCUCUCAGGAUAGAGCCAAUCAAGUCAUCACAUAUGAAUGGGCAAAGGACAUAAUGUCAAACUACCAGACAGGAGUUCUGGAGAACUCUGCCAAGAUGGUGCUGCUGUUUCAUUUGAUUGAAGAGAGUGUGAAAAGAAGAGACAAGAUUUUGGUCUUUAGCCAAAGCUUAUCCACCCUGUCAGUCAUUGAGGAGUUCUUAUCAAAGAGACCCAUGCCAGCAGGCAUUACCUCCUCCGACGCCCAGAGCCAAAGCUGGGUUCGCAACCUCAAUUACUACAGACUGGAUGGGAGUACAUCUGCCUCAGAGAGAGAGCGACUUAUCAAUCAGUUUAAUGACCCAGAGAACACCGCAACAUGGGUCUUCCUACUUUCUACCAGAGCGGGCUGCUUGGGCGUAAAUCUGAUCGGCGCCAACCGUGUCGUUUUGUUCGAUGCCUCCUGGAACCCAUGUCACGAUGCCCAAGCUGUGUGUAGGGUGUACCGCUAUGGUCAGAGAAAACCCUGCCACAUCUACCGCCUCGUCUGUGACUUCACCUUGGAGAAGAAGAUCUAUGACAGACAAGUCUCGAAACAGGGCAUGUCUGACCGGGUGGUUGAUGACCUGAACCCAGCGCUAAACUUCACCCGUAAGGAAGUGGAGUCGCUGUUGCACUUUGUGGAGGAGGAGGCUGAAGUUGGCAAAAUCGGUCUCGAUUCCUGGGAAGACAUGGAGACAGUGUUACACCAAGCCUGCCAGAUUUACCCACGCCUCAUCACCAGGCAACCUUUCCAUCACGAGUCUCUGCUAGUGGACCGGAAGGAGUCAAAACUGACCAAAGCAGAGAAGAGGGCCGCCAAGAAGAGCUAUGAGGAUGAGAAACGAGCCUCUGUCCCCUACUCUCGCCCAUCGUAUGCCCCUUACUACCCAACCAGCGAUCAGGCGCUCACAAACAUACCAGCAUUCAACCAACGUGGCUGGCGAGCCAUGGCACGGCCAGAUGACAAGCCUGUGGCAAGUGUCAGGCCCAUCCAAUCGACCCCAAUCCCCAUGAUGCCUCGCCAGGUCGGCAUGGGCAUGGCUGGCUCCAGCUCUGCCGGCAGCCUGCCUGUCAACUUCUUGCAGAAAGCUGGAGUUUAUGUGCAGAGGAUUGUCACCACAACUGAUAUUGUAAUCCCAGGAGCCAACAGCACAACAGAUGUUCAAGCUCGUAUUAGUGCAGGAGAGAGCAUCCAUGUAAUCAGAGGAUCUAAAGGUACCUACAUCCGGACAAAUGAUGGAAGAAUUUUUGCUAUUCGAUCUGGAAAGAUCAGUAGACCAGCAGUUGGGGGCUCUGCCGCUUCUAGAGAGACCCAGGGUUCCCUGAUCCAUCCAGUCAGUAACGGUUGUUCAUCCCCUGUGGAGCAGCAGCAGCAACGUUCCCCCAACGGGGAGCAGCGGCCCUCCACUCCCUUAAGUUCUGAGAUUCUCAGAGAGCUCAGCCGCUACACCACAUCCACAGACGAUGCCACUGCUGGGAUGGGGAGGGAACUGCCGUCCCCGUCAGACGUCGCCGGUGCACCAGCGGGGGACGAAGGCAGUUCGCAAAAUAAUCAGACUUCUGACCUCAGUAGGCAACUCGGUGAUGACCUCUUGAGCUCAGCUUUGGAGAUGCGAGGCACCAAACGCAAGAGUACUGAAAGCCAGGGCAGCACGCAGUUAGGAGCCAAACGCACCUCUGCUGCAACACAUUUCUCUGGACUGUCCAUGGGCUCCAGUGGGCUCAGCUUUCCUCCCGUGGGUCUGAACUCUUCCUCCUUAUUAGGGAACUUAGGGCACAUGAGUCACCCACUUUUGAUGGGUAGUAGUGGUGGAUCUUCAUUCCUUCCGACAGCAGGACAUACACUGGCUGACCUACAGACCAUGUUCCCUUCUGCAGGCUCAGACCUACUGAGACAGUCGGCCACAGGGAACGGACACCUUCCCACGCCCUCAUCGUCCGCUCUGUCCACCGUUUACUCCUCUGCUUCCACCACCAUUCCCAUGUCAUCGACGCCCUCAGCAGCAACUUCUUCCUCCCUGGCAUCAGGCUCUCUGCCUCCGUACUUGAUGAACCCCAACAUGGCUGGCCUGCUUUCGUCAGGCUUCCCUAUCAACUACAGUCAGUCCUUGCUAUCUGAGCCGAGGAUGUUCCCCACCCCUCUACUCUCUGGGUCGGGGGGAUUCCCCGCGCCUAACUCCAGCUCAUCCAGCUUCCUCUCCCAUUUUAACAAUCCCACCUCCAGCCUGUUGGGGGCAGCUCUGACCCAACCGGACAGACAUCAGAGCACAGAGAAUGGCGGUAGUAGUUCUGACGAUGACGUUAUAGAGGUGACAGGACAGUAGAAACGUAUGGAGAAGCAGUUUCACACACAAUCUUACCAAUCAUGGUUAACCUGAAGUACAUUGGGGAUGGGAAUGAUAACAUGUUAACAAGACUUCAUUGAUCAAAUUAAUUGUUACAUUUUGAACGUGCAUCUGAAAGUAACUUGACAUCUAAAUUAGAAAAAUAAAAAAAGUAAAUAAAAGUCCCAGGAAAAUUAAAUGUGAUGUUAAUCCUGGUGGUUUAUGGUGAAAAGUUACAUAUGUUUCAAGAUUUCUGUUAGACUAGCCAUUUAAACAGUUUAUAUUCUUCACUUAUCAUCAGUGAAAUAAACUGCAUUCCCAUUCCUAAUGCUUACAUAGAGUUCUCACACACACACACACACACAUACACAUACAGGGACUCUCGCCUGCUACAUGCAAAUGAGAGCAGCAACUUGUACCUUAAUGACUUUACAAAGUCAGAGUAACAAAUCCUUAUGCUGAAUAAUCCCAGACCCGUUCAGCUGGAGCAACAGAGCAGCGGGAUGGACAGACGUCGUUCGGGGGGGACCAGCUGAAUCUCGCGGGGGGCUUCCUAAGCACAGCCUCUCCUGCUACAUUUUUAAGCAAGACCUCGCCAUGCCGUGCGGUUAAGUUUUAUUUCCUCUGAAUUCAGAUGGAAACAAAUAGAUGAAACUGCUUCAUGUAGGAUUUUCUCCUUAUAUAUUGCCGCGAAAGGAACAAUUGGAGUUGCCGUUCUCACCUGCUUGAACACUGAUUUACUGCAUUUUUUUUCCCUUCAGGACAGUUUCCUCAACUGGUAAACAAAACUGGAACGUUUUUAUACCACCAAAAUUAGGAACUGAUUCGUGUUCUUUUUUUUUUUUUUUUUUUUUGUCAAAAUCCACCUGACAAUAUAUUCAGAGAAAAUCCUUCAACAACUGAGGUUUUAGGCAUUCAGAGCAUAUUUUAGUCUUUAGUAAUUUGAUAGACAUUGUAGCAUCCCCUGUUGAAAGGAUAUUACGUGUGAUACUAUAACUGAAUAUGUUGAUACUUUGUAAAUAAGCGGUCAUUAUUAUUGUUUAUAUUGCAAGUCAAUACUGUGCAGUGUGUAGAUUUUGGUUGUAGGGAGGUUAUUACAGUGACUGUCAUGACAACAAAACACGCCCUCGCAUUGACGCUGAGGGGAAAACAUUGCGUUCAACCUCUUUUUUUUUUUUUUCUUUUUUUUUUUUCCUUUAAACUAAAAUGAAUGUACUUUCAUGUUCGCCUUUGAUAACACAGGGGCUGGGACAUGGAGUCAGACUGUGUUCUUUCAUUUUUAGCCUUAAAUAACACAAAGGGGUCUUGAUUGUUAGCGUUUUAUCUUAGUACAUCCUUGUUACAAAUCUGUCGGGAGGAACUACUGAGCAUUUAGACAGUCAAACUCAGAACGCACCAAGUGUGAAAGCAGCAAACGCUUCUCAUCUUCCCUUUUGUUGCAGGUUUUUUACUGAAGUGUCCCCACCAUCUGUUGACCAUCAUCACUGAGUCAACCUACAGCUCACAUGUAGAGUUUUGAUCAUUUUCUUAUAAUUUUCAGAGCCUUGCUGAGAACAAACAUCACCUGAACUGUAGAAACCAUUGCAUUCGUGCAGCCUAAGUGUGUGUAUAAUACCUUUUUAAGUCGAUGUAGCCACCAAAACCAUCAGAGCAGAUGUUUCAAAUUUCAUUACAACCACCAGUGACUGUGGCAGAACCAGGUCAGGUGAUGCGGUGGCCUUACCCAAACUGACAGUGCCAUCCUGUGGUAGCUUUUCACAGAGGUGCAUGUCGUGUUAAGUAGCUUCUGUCAGUAGUGUCAGUCAGUGUAGGUCUGCCUCGCUUUAGGGAGUUUAGGUCUCUGCUAUUCUCUGUAGCCUUGUGUUUCUGUGUUGUGACGACACCUCAAGGUAUUUAGAUUUAGGAAAGUCCUCUUCCUCUGUUGAUGAGUAGGCUAGCCACAGUGUUUUUUUUAUUUUAUUUUCCUUCGGAAAACACUGGAUAUCCUGAGACAACACAUCAUUCCCACAUGGAGUUACUUUUUUUUUUUUUUUUUUUGUGGAGAUGUUCUCUUGUGGGGACCUUUUGUCUCCACAGUCUGAGUACUGUUUCUGGCUCCUGUCUUGUAGUUCUCAGUUUCUCUCAUGGGCAUCUUUAGCUUUCUUAAGCCUGUCUCGGGAACUUGUGAUUUUCAUUCACUCCAGAUUUGAAGGUAGAGCUUGCACUUUGAAAAAGGAUCAUAUCCGCUUGUGAACUGUACAAGCUACAUCAUACUGACCCCAUGUCUUUAUUCUUAGUCUUCUCAAUCAGUCGGAAACACUUUGCAUUUGAAUCUUAGGAAUCAUCCGUUUAUAUAUAUAUAUAUAUAAAAAAAAAAAAAAACAACCUCUGUCUGCCAUUUCUUGUCAACUGUGUGCAUUUUUAUGUUCAUUUUUUAAAAUGUUUUUUAUAACUUCUUAUUGGUGUACACUCACCUGGCAGUAGUUUCCCUUAUUUCAAUGUAAGUGUUUGAAAUUUAUUUAUUUAUGAUGGAAAAUAUAUUGGUUUUUUUGUAAUUACGUUUUUUAACCUUUUGUUCACUUUGACCCAUUGACGGCUGAUCCAGUGAGAAUUUCGUACAUGCAGCCUAGAUCGAAGCAGAAUGACUGUGUUAUCAAUGUUAUUUUAACAAUAAAACACUCACAACUGCAGUGUGAA